GUGAUUACCCCUUUUUUGCUUACUUCAGCAAAGCUGCCCCUCAGCAUGUCUUCAACCAAAAUGUUCACUCCUGUCAUUGCACCUGGUGGCACCAUCGUGGUCACUGGCGUAAACGGCCUCAUUGGUAGUCUCGUCGCCGAUCUACUUUUGGAAAGGGGGUACGCCGUCCGAGGGGUAGUGCGCGACGUGGAGAAGUCCCAAUGGCUCUCCGAAUAUCUUGCCAAAAAGUACGAGCACACCAAGUUCGAGUUAGUAUCCGUGCCAGAUCUAGCUGUAGAAGGAUGUUUCGAUGAAGCUCUCAAAGGAGCAUCUGGCUUCAUCCAUCUCGCUUCUCCUCUUGGAGGCGAAGCACCCGACAUCAUCAUUCCGAAAGCCGUCAACAUCAACUUGAACGUUAUGAAAGCUGCAGCUAAGGCCUCCAGCAUCAAGCGCGUGGUCGUCACAUCUUCUGCGCUCGCCGCCUCCUACCCAAGUAUAAACGUCAAGAAGGUUGUCGAUCAAUCGUCUUUCAACGACGAAUCAGUGGAAGACGUCCAAAAUAACAGUCCCACAAAAGAGGUCAUGGCCCUCUAUGUAGCCAUCAAAGUCUCUACUGAGCGAGCAUGCUGGGACUGGGUCCGAGAGAAUAAGCCAGAUUUCGAUUUCAAUACAAUUCUCCCCUACGUAAACUUCGGAAAACUCAUGGUUCCCGAGAAACAAGGUGAGCCCUCCACCAUCGCAUGGGCAAAAGCAGCAUUCGACAACAACGAAAUGUUCGCCCCGCUAAGCCAGGGAAUCAAACCUCAAUGGUUCAUAUCGACGCGUGACUGCGCACUCCUGCACGUCGCUGCACUCCUACACCCUUCCAUCAUAUCCGAGCGCAUCUUUGGAUAUGCUGAGAAAUGGGACUUCAACAAGUUGCUGGCUAUCAUGCGUGAAGCGUAUCCGGACCGCAAGUUUGCAGAUGAUGUUUCAAUUGCGGGGGAGGAUAUGGUGGAGGUACCGCGAGAGAGAGCUGAAGAAGUUUUGGGGUGGGUGAAGAAUGGGCAAGGUUGGGAUGGAUUGGGCGACUCUAUCAGAGAAAUGAUUGCGCAGUGGGCUUGAGAAUUGGCUCUGGGUAUGGAGAUCACCAGGGGGAGGGGAGGCGUCUUGAGGCGACAAUUAUGAUUGAUGUCUUGGAAUUAUAAUGAUCAGAUCACACAAUUUUAACAAUUUAUACGAUUAAUUGAAAGCCUUAGUAGUCUGUGGGAAUAUCUCUGGCAUAGUAUGCGAUCUUUCUUUUCUGUCUGUUCUACAUGCCAGUUGUCAUGAAUUAUCCGCCUGGAACUUUUGUACGCAAUUUUUCUUAAUCUUUCAAUUAAUACCAAUUCAGUCUUUUAGCAUCCUAUAU